UAGUUAUUCUAAAUUUUUCCUCUAUAUUUUAAAUAAAAUUAACCAUUAAGUAAAAUUAUCGUAUUGCACGUGACUUAUGAUUUGUUUUUAAACUCCAUAAAAAUUUAAUACACAUAUUUCCAUUGCAGAUAAUACUAAAGUUCAAUUUCCAACAAUGACAGUCUUUCAAGCUCUGCUAAUUGCACUAAGCCUCUUGCACGUUCGUGCUUAUGUUUUAUUUACCAUCGAAGACCCUAAACACAAGCACAACGUCACCGAAGACUGGAAAAUCGUUCGUCACAUCCACAUGUCACAUCCUCUGGUUGUCAAGGUCAAGGAUAGCCUUGUUCACAUUCUGGAUUCGAAGGAUAACAUGGACCACGCUAUACAGUUCGAAUCCGAGGACUUCGACACCUGUAGAGUACCUCUAAACUUAGCCCAUCCUAUGAGGUAUCCACGACGAGCCACUAGUCUCGGCAACGGGAAGGUCGUCGUCUGGCUGCUUAACUAUCGGCUGACGGCCUACAAGCACGUGGCCGAGUGGAGAUUCGUCGUAGUGGAGCCUUGGAGCUGUACUUAUCGGAAAUUCGAGAUAGCAGACGUAGAUCCCUUUCCAGUUGAUGUCGUCGACGUAAUCGGCUACGAAGAUACGCUGGAUGUACUCAUUAGACCCUUGCGAAACGACGAGUCGAAUAACACUUACGUUUACAGGUACAACGAGAAUGGUGAACCGGUGUCGUCAGUGAUUGGGUCUGUCAUUCCAGAUACUGAUUCUUAUCCGUUCUACCAACCCGACACAAUACGAUUAUAUCCCUUAAAGGAACAUGACCGUACAGAAGGUUUCUUCUACGUCCAAGUUAAACCAGAAACCAACACGACUGCCUUGAAACGCCUGAACUCCAACUUUGAGGUUAUGUUCAAUACCACAUUGCAGCACUCAACAUUUCGCGGCUUCGGCACGGACGACUACUCGGUAUCGCACCACGGCUUCACUACUUGCCACUCGAGGGAGGAAAAUAAUUUCCGCUUUCUUCACUGUAUACUUCUAAACGAUAAACUGAAACAGAAGACAAACGUUACGUUGAGUCAUGACAACUACUCAGACUUUUUUGAGAACAUAGCGCACUUGGUCACGAAAAACUUGUCAGGAAAUGAGGGUGUGCUGCUGACUUUUGCUGUAAGGAUAAAUCAUCAACCAAAAACGCCGAUUUACGUGCAGAAAAUUAAUAACGACGGGCGAGUUAGUGAACCAAAACAAAUAGGCAAAGUCUAUUGUGAAAUCUAUGAUUUGAAGACUUUUGAAAUGAGUGACGAUACGUAUUGUAUUGCUAUUAGUUGCGUCGAGACGCUUCAUACGAGAUGUAUAAAUUUAAAAGAUUAUUCUUAAAUAACGAAUAUUAUUAAAAAAAUUGUAUGUUUUGAUCAGUAUAAGUUAUUUUAUUGGAAUUAUAAAUAAUUAUCACGUUGUUUAUAAGGAAUCCAUCGUAAAUUGACAAAUAUAUCAAUACAUAUUCAUUUUUAAUUCCUUUUUUACUACUGCCCGAAUCCAGCAGUAGACGGCGAAGUAUAAACGAAUAACCAGUAAAAGUGACGAUACAGCUUCUUUGAAAAAAAAAUUAUUUACUAUGAUUCUACGAGAAUGCUCAUUUAAAGAGAUUUUCGAAUUAAAAAUAACUGACAAACACGACUGCAAUCCUUACACAUCCAAUGUACUGCCAUCUCUCCUCAAAACAUAAUUACGGCUUGGAUAUUAAAUUGAAUGAGAUCAACUUACUCUCCUAUUGGGUCCAAGAAGUAGUUUGUUAAACUAAAUACAUCUUAUUUGCACGCGUAUACACUAUACGUCCAGCAGUACUUAAGCCGACACAUCUCUUAACUGAG